AUGAACAACACAAUCACAUUCAACAAUGACAAAAUUGUCCUUGAUACCAAUAAAUUAAAACGUCUCACUAUUCUUGAACAACACCAUGGUUCCACCUCUGUUCAUCCUGCUGACGCUCCUCCGACAGCACACGAGGAUACUGACAUAGAGGACGAAGAUGACGAUCCGAAUCUUACAGAGCAAGCUCCUACUACUUUGCUUACCCCUUAUCCGGCUCUAGUCAACGCCCUUCCGGGCAUGACAAAAGACUUCUUUCGCAACUCUCUUGACGACGAUACUCGCCGUAGCUUUCUUCACGAGUGUCCACGCAACACCAGUCGUCAAUAUGCGCCUCCUCCACUUAACGACAUUGAAGUUAGUGCUCAGGGUCAACGCAUUGAUCGUCAACUUCGCGAUAUCCAAUAUCGCUUGUCAGGGCUCACUCGACCAAUCGAUCUUUUCGUUCACGACACAAUACGCACCAAUAAAGUGGACGUUGACACCGCUUUACGUUUCGCCAACACCAUCCACACUCUUGUUUCGGAUGUGGCAUCCUUUAUCACUCAGACUCGAAGUGAUAAUAUAUGUCGUGAUACUGGCCUCAAAAACGCCCCAGCUAAUACCCCUGGGUCGCUGCCCAACGCUCCACUUUUGGACGCUGGUAAAGUCUUGGAAUAUACACAGUUAUCCCAAGCUCUUCGCAAGGCUGCCCGUAACAGAUCCACGCAGAAGAACAGUGGCAAAUCCGGAGGCCGACAACAACAAAAGUCAUCCGACUUUCGUACUACCAAACAGUUAGAUGAGACGUCAAGUGACAAACGACGUGGUGACUCUGGCAACCAAUCGGGUUUUCAGAAAGGCAAAAAGAAAUCCGGCAAAAAACGCAGCAACAGCAGCAACAACAACAACCACGACGAGGACCAGUAG